GACGGAGGAAACGAAUCAGUCGUAGAAUAAAAGAAGGCGUUCCGCCGCAACUCCACACACCAACGACGACACAACCGCACGUAUUUCCAACGCAAGCGCUCCGCAAUGCGCGCCAAGCCAGCCACACAAUUUUGGAGGCCGUACCCAAUGAAUAGAGGGAAUUCGAGUUGCAUUUUCUCAUCGCCGAUACUUUCCAAGCUCAGUUUCAAUCAAACAUUUGCAUUUCGCUAAUUUACCACCCUUAUAUUUUACCACGCAGACCUACGAGAAAAAAAAAUAUCCCAAUAUCAAAUCAAAAUCAUACCUCUUUUUUUAAAAAAAAAACCACCCCUAUUUUUCUCGUGUAUUUAUUUUCGGAUCUUUUUCAUCGUUUAUGCGAAUACUUUUAUUCUUUCGUCACCUGUAUCGAAAACUUCGCGAGUAUUAUUUUCGAAAUCUCGAACCUGACGUGUUAAAUUAUCGAUAUUUUCGGUAUUGUGAUAAGUUGAUUUGUAUAUAAUUUUGUGAUCGCGAUCGUUCUCAUCAAAAGUGUGCUUUAAACUGGAAAUGGUUCCUAAAUGAUGCUUAAAACUGCAACCGACAAGGACUUGGAUCUAGUAAAACCGAUCAGCAUGUUGGGACCGACCACUCACAGGAUGCUGGAUCACAUACGAAUGCAAGAUGACGACGAUGACGAAGAUGAUGAAGAAGCUGACGACGACGACUACAUGAAUGGUGGUGGCGGCGGCGUGAUCAAAGGUGGCCGAGAUACGUCUCCGUCGAUGGAAGGAGGCUUCUGGAUGGCCGCUGUGUCCGCAGCUACCGGAGGCACCGGGCCUAUGGAGCCCUCAUCCGGAUGCUCGGUUUCCGAGUCCGGUUUCAUAAGCAGUCAGCCGUCCAUGGCUGAGUUCAUAUUACCUCAUCAUAUGACCGAUAAUAUGCAAGGAGAUGAUAUCAGUCAAGGUGCUCAGAAUCCUAACGCUAUGUACGGAGCGGGAGGCAUGUCCGAUUCGCAGCAGAGCGGAAUCAACGUACAGGAGUAUCCGUGGAUGAAGGAGAAGAAAACCAGCCGCAAGAAUAAUCAUCAAGGUAAGGAAAAUGGCGGUCCUAGAAGAUUACGAACGGCGUAUACGAACACUCAAUUAUUAGAAUUAGAAAAAGAAUUCCAUUUCAAUAAAUAUCUCUGUCGUCCUAGAAGGAUAGAAAUCGCAGCAUCGUUAGAAUUAUCAGAAAGACAAGUCAAAGUAUGGUUUCAAAACAGACGAAUGAAACACAAACGCCAAACGCAGUGCAAACAAUCGGAAGACGGAAGCGAUAAAGACUCGACCAGCGGCAGUAAAUCGACGAAAUCGGAAAAAUCUAAAUCUCUCAUCUGCGAAGACAAGAAAAGCUGUCAGAACUGCGACCUACAAUCCGGUCUACUCGGCGAUCACUUGGCUAGUCGUAAUAGUAACAAUUUCAACAACAAUAGUAACGGUAGCACCGGUAUCAGCAGCGCCGACAGCAAUAGCAGCUCGUACGAAAAACUAGAAGAAGAUUCUAGAUCAAACGAAGGUAGCGGAGCGCUCACUUCGUCGUCUCCAAACUCGUCAUCGACGCUAAAGAAACACGACGAUAUAGUGGUCAAGGUGGAGACAUCCAACGCCAUGUGUUGCUCAUCGCCAAAAAGUCAGUCGAAGAAGCCGAAUGUGCUCAGUCUGAAAGAUACCAAUUCGCUGCUGUCGUCGAACGAUAUCAAACCAUGUCCGAUACUGCCACCUUCUGUAGAUAGUCUAACGCCUUCUACCCCUAGUACCAUUCCGAUGGCGAGUCCGCUCAGUGGCAAUAGUCCUUAUUCGGUGAAACCUGCUCCUCGAAGCCCACCUAUACCUGUUUCCACCUCGGGCACAUUCGCCAACCAGUCACCUCCGACUGUACUGGCUCAAGCAACAUCUCUGCUACAGGUUGCCAGGCACAAUACCCCAAAUACAUAUCCUCUAUCUCCUCAGCAACACAGGCAACCGCCCGAAUGUCCUUUCAAGCUAAACCAAUACAGGACAUGUUCGCCUCGCGAAACGCUCUACCAUCAACAGCAACUCCACCAAUUCCCUAAUCACAAUACCCCUCAGCAUCGUCAAUCAGCACCCUCGCAUCAAGCAGUUCCUCAACCACCGCUACCACCCCAGCAGCAACAACAGCAACAACAACAUCGAAUGUAUAAUUUACCAGAAACACCGCCUUACCGGCAUCAAGCAGCACCCGCAGCUGUGCCCAGAUUGAACGGUAUGAACGCGGCCAAAGUCACCAAUGCCCAAGCAGCGGCGGCGGCCAGACAAUCGUAUUGUCAGCAAUAUCCACCUCAGCAAUACUGCGGCUACAACGGUACAGCCAGCAACCAUCAGCCGUCGAUAGAUUUACCGUACCAAAGUUACCAACGACAGCAGAAUUAUCACAACCAGAACUACGCGACCGCAGCAGCCGAAGAGUACACUCAUGCUCACGCCGCCCCAGGCAGUGUCAAUUACGGCUCGUAUCAUUCGGCGGCCGUUUACAACCAUGCCAGCAGCAACGAACAUGCCAACCAAACGACUCCAUUUUACGGCGCCAACCAUCAGCAUAAUUACAAUCACCAAACGGAUUAUAUUAAUCCGAACCCGAAACCGGUUCAUUUCUACGACGAAGCCAGUCAUAAUAAUCACGACGUACCUUACGUACCGUCACCCGAUCAGUACACCAAUCUGCCGGCUUCUAAUUCUUCGGUAGUAAUGACGCCUCCGAACAGCGUUAGGGCCGAUUCCGCCGGCGACCAGUUCAAUUCGUUUCAUCAUUUUUAUACAAACGCCUCGCCCAAUACGCCCGUAUCCAACAAUGUACAAAAUACCAACAUGAUCUUACCCACCGAUAACAGCAACAGCUCCAGCGAAUUUAAUUUCCUCAGCAGCCUAGCCAACGAAUUUGCUCCCGAGUAUUAUCAAUUGAGUUGAAAAUAAUUGUAACCCGAACUGCAGCUAUCGUAUAUUUUUCUUCUUGUAUUUUUUUUUUUUUUUUUGGUCGAGAAACCGCGAGUCAUUAGGAUGUGAACCGACAGUCGACUAGUCGAGUUGAAUGGCCCACAUUUUUUCAAUUCGGCUACAGAAAUUCCAAUCAACUUGCUCGAAAUUACGUAUAGAUUUGAUUGGCGACCACGAAACUGGAUGUAAAUAAAGUAAAAGUGAGGUUUUCCCCCAAUCUUUCCGCAUCGUUUGCGGAUUCGGGUUGUAGUGCAAUAUUUAAUUUACAUAUAAACCUUUCGAAGUGAUGUUUUUUUUUCUUUUUUUGAGCAGCGAGAAAACUUUCUAGUACCUAUUAUUAUUUGUGUAAAAAAAGAGGCCAAAUUUAAUGUUUUAUGCACUUUUAACGCUUUCUUCAAGAAGCAGCCAAUGCAAUUUUUUCUAAUUCAUCACCUCCCUCUCCCUCUUCCAUGAUCUCUCUAAAAGUUUCCAACAUGAGAACCUUUUGAAGUGGAACUCUCCGAUUUGAACGAAACCAAGUCAAAUAUUAGAAGAGAAUGUCCUAAAACUCUCAUAAUCAAAAUUUCAGGCGUUCAAGUUCACUUUUGGGUUUUUGUUGAAUUUUUGAAAAUUACAAAAAUUCAAAAAUGCUGUAUACUCAGGGUAAUUUUUCAACUUGUGGACUAAUCUGAAUAAUUCCUUCAAUUCAACCACCACACAUGAACAACUACGUAGGUACUUUUGGACUAUUCUGAAGUCCCCAGCGAUUUUUCAAUUUUCUGCAAAUAACAGGGUGUCUAACAAAAUUUCUCCGAAGAAAUGCAGUACUUUUACAGUACCUUUUGCAUUGCCUUAUUUUUUUUAUCCAGCUUAAACCGACCUCCCCCCCAGAAAAAAAAUAUUUUUGAACCGGUUGGAACUUGUCGAUAAAAUUUUUACAAGUAAUAAUUUAACAAGUGUUGCCAUCUUUUGAGGUACAAAAUGAACAUUUUUUUAAAAAUUUUCACCAAUUAAUUCAUUUUGAGGUUUUUAAAAAAUAUUAAAUAAAUGAUUCUGAGAAAAAAUACAGUACUUUUCAGGCAAAAUGCAGUACUAUGCAGUACUUGCAGUACCGAGGAUUUCAAUGCAGUACUUUUACAGUACUUGCAGUACCUGCAGUACCUGUUAGACACCCUGAAAUAAGUACUUCAAAUCAUUUUGAAAAGGCCAAAAAUGAACUUAGACACCUGUAACUCUGGUCAGAGCUCAUUGGGAAAGGGCACCUAUUCGAACUUUUCAGGUGGUUACCACGAAAUUCCAAGAGUUCCAGUUCAAAAAUGAAUUUUCGAUUCUUCAGAAAUUUUAAAACUUGUCGUAGGCUCCAAAAAAGCCAAAUUUCGAUUUUUUUAGAGAUGAAAAAACAUUGUUUGAUAUUUUUAAAAAAUAUACGGUCUUUUCACAUUUUCUGGAAUUUACAAGUUUGUCAAAAAUUCACUUUUGAACUCGCACUUCUCUGGAAUUCUACGGGAACCACCUGAAACGUUUUCAGAGGGUGCCUGGGAAAACCACUAACCAAAGUUACGAGUCCUCGAGUUCAUUUCUGAGCCCUCCAGAGCGAUUUGAAAUUUCUAGAGAAAUUUGAAAACUCGUUGAAGGCUCCAAAAAAAGUCGAAUUGCGAUUUUUCAUGGGUUUUGGGUGAUGCACCAGACGAUAUCUUUCCCAAAAAAAAAUUUCACGAUUUUUUCACAUUUCCUGAAAUUUCCAAAUUGGUCAAAAAUUCACUUUUGAACCCUCAACUCUAGAAUUUUGAGGUACCCCUCAAAAACGCUCGAGAGGAUGCCCAAUAAGCACUGGCCAAAGUUCCAGGUGCAGAAGUUCAUUUUUGGCCUUUUCAGAACAAUUUGAAAUUUUUGAAAAAAAUUGAAAAAUCGCGGAAGGCUCUAAAAUGGCUCAAAAAUAGGCGCCGAUAAGUUUACGGCUAAGUUCAGUAUAAUCAUAGCUUAAAUUGAAAAUAUUAUUCGCAUCGGUCAAAAAAAAAAAAAAAAAAAAAAUGACACUUCUAGAAAAACUUUGAAAAUUGUCCUUGAAACAAUUUUUUUUAAUUUAUUAAACUUUCAAAAAGUUUCCAACAAUCCAAAAAUUAAGAUACACUCUUUCAAUCCACCUCUUGUCAGGAGAUGAAAUUAAGGGAUGAUUUGAAAAAAAUAUCCAUUUGGAGAGAUGAUUUGCUUUAUUUUAUUAAAAUUACCUACUAUUUUUCAACUUUUUUUUUUAAAUUUCAAACUUUGAGAUCAUGGUAAAAAAAUGAAGGAACGAAUCCGGGAUUCAAAAUUUUCUCUACACGUCAUCUUGAGUAAAAAUCAUGCCAUUUUCAAACUUGAUUCAUUCAGCAUUCAAUUUCAAGACACUGUUGACUUUUAUGUCCAAAGAAAUAUGUUCUAACUUUUCGACUUGACGACUACUUUGCUCAUGUUUAUUGACAAAUUGAAUCCAAAUCUUAAAGCGGGUCGUGGUGGGAGAGAGAGGAUGAAUAAAUUGCAGAAAUGCAGACAACGAGGGUAAUCACUUUCCUCAAUUCCAUUAUACGUGAGGCUGCAUACGAAAAGGGACCAUACGAUCAAAAAAAAAAAAGUUCCCUGAAAUUGUUGUAUGAUUUUUUGGUCAUUUGGUCCCUUUUCGUAUGCGCUCUCACAUAUUAUCUACUAAAAUUCCUCUUCGUGCCAGAGAAUUCAAAAUAAAACGAAAAUUUACGAUAAAGAGGUGUUGGCGGGAAGGGGGGGGGGGUUGAAAAUGAAUCGACACUAAGUACGAGUAGAUAAAUGAAUGAAUCAGGACAUUCCAAUAAAUCUCAUUACAAAAAUUUCAAGUAUAAAACUACCUCCUCUCCCCGCUCUUCUAAGAACAUUCUUAAUACUCUUUCAACAUUCACAUUUCACUCACAGAGAAAAAAAAUCGCCCAAAUAACGAAUACUCUCGUAUACGAAUAUAAAAACAUCCAAAAAAGACUCGCUUCUUGCCAGUCAGAGUCAAUUUUUCAACCAAAGUGCCUAAAUAAUCUAACCAGCUUGAAAAAUUUCCCAAAUUCAUUACCUUGUCAACUUGACAAACACUCUCGCGGUGAAGUAGUUGCCAAAAUUAUGCCUCUCUCGCUCGUCAUAAAAAUGCUGGUUCCAAAGUGCGUUGACAUCCACGAUGAAGAAAUCUGUCGCUUAUGUUACGAGUAGGAUACCUACUACCUACCUACAUAUUUCACAUGAAUUUUAUUUUUAUCGAUUAGCGAUUAGUUUGUAAAACGAUGUUGUUAUAGCUUUAAUGAACAUUCUUUUUUUUCCUUGUUCGAAUAUCUCUGUUUAUUUUGUUAUAAAUUUUUUUUUUUGCUAUUUUGAGGUUUUCUUUUUCAUUAUUUUGUUUUUCUUUUUUGUACCUUAACGAAUUUUCUGAGUUUGUUUUUUUUGUCGUUAUUCGCGCGCGUAACGACAAAAAUAAUGUGUUUCUCUUUCAAUUACUCAUUAUAGUUUCGUUUGUCCAGUUUGAUUCUUCUUGAUUAUUAUUAUCAUUUUUUUUUUUUUUGAGAUUAUUUAUUUAUUACUAUGUUGUACGUACUGUACCAUGAUGUUUGUAAUAUAAUGUUUUGUUAGUAAUUAUGUAGAUAUUAUACAUAAAUAAAUUGUUAUAAUUGUGUUAAGUUUAAAAAAAUGACAAAAAUUUAAAAAACAACAUACAUGUAGCAAACUUGUACAUUUCCACUAUUAAAUUUUUCAAAAUAAAUAUUUCAUUUUGGU